UUAAAUUUAUUUUCUUUGCUUUUGGGUAGAAAGAGAUAGAAGCGGCAACUCGAGGGAGAUCGACGAGGGAUCGAUCGAUCGAUCGGUGGUCGUCGUCGUCGAUCAUCGCCAUGUGGUGCCAGUCUUGCCGGGAAGCGUAUGAGGAGCGGGACGCCGGCACUUGCAAGGAGUGCUACGAAGAGGCCAGCGAGACGGAAGAGGAGCUCAAGCGCGAGAUCGACGACCUCAAAUCCAAGGUCGCCUUCCUCCGCCUCGCGUCCCCCCUCGACGACCUCGCGUCCACCACCGACCUCCUCCUCCACGCCGUCCUCUCCCCUUCCGGUUCCAACUCCGCCACCUGCGCCACCCCCGCCAUCCCCGCCCACCGCGCCAUCCUCAUUAGCAGGUCUCCUGUCUUCAAGGCAAUGCUAGAAAAUGAGAUGGAAGAGAGUAGAAGUGGCAUAAUCAAGAUCCACGAUGUCUCAUACUAUGUUCUCCGGUCGUUUGUCCAUUACCUGUACACGGCAGAGGUGCUUCUUGACGAGCAUAUGGCCUGUGAGCUGCUGAUCUUGGCAGAGAAAUACCAAGUGAAACAUCUGAAGAUCUUCUGCGAGAAGUUCAUGACGUCCAAAGUGAACAACGAUAAUGCUAUCGGAAACUAUGCCUUUGCUCAUCGGCAUAGUGCUAAGCAACUGCUCGAGGCAGCUUUGUCGCUGAUAAUAGAAAACAUGGCCACAUUGACGGAACGAGAAGAGUACAAGGAACUCGUGGAGAAAGACCCACGGCUAGUGGUGGAAAUCUAUGAAGCUUACCUCACCAGGCAAGUCAAUACGGCUGCGAAAGACUCGACAACUUAGCAACGAUGGGAAGUUAAAUGUUUCUUUUUCGAAAGGAUUAUUUGGUUUUAUGUUGCUGAUUGAGAAGGAAGAUGGUGUUUCGAAGCUUUCUGUUCACAAGUCAUGCUCGGUUUAACUGAGCUGAUUCAGCUGCUAUUUUGUACAUGAACACAAGUCACCCAAUUAAUUACAUUUUGGCCGGUUUAAUUGAUU